GUUUGGUUGGGAUGAAAAAAAUCUAAAAUAUUAUCCGCAGACUUUAUCGAAGAAGGAACCGAAUUCAGUGUUGGAGAAAUGGUGCCGGCGGUGGAACUCUCUCCGACGGCAUUGUCGCUUUGCAAUUCAACCUUUCGCCACCCCGCUUUCUUGCACAGAAGCAGAAACAGUAACUUGUCUCCCCUUCUUCCUCUAAAAACCCACUCUCCUCCUUCUCCAUUCUUGGCUUUCUGUUUCAAAAGCAUACCUUUACUCUGUUCUUCUGCGCAAUUACAAGGAACACAUUUAGCUUCUGGUUCUGUUUUCGGAAAUGGAGAUGAUAAACUGCGGGUUUUCGCUAUUAAGAAUGGAAGAAAAGGUGGCACUGCGGUUGUUGAAAUGGACAGUUCUGAGGAUGCUGCUGACGAGUAUUCUGAUUUUGAUGAUGAAUUUCUUGGGGUCGAGGAUGAUGACGGUGACGGUGAUGGUGAUGACGAAGGGAUGUUUUUGCCACUUGGGAAGUUAAAGAAGUGGCUUGAGAAGAAGCCUCGUGGGUUCGGUGAAGGGAAAGUGUAUGAUACUUCUAUAGAAGACAAGCUGCUCGAUGAAAUGCGGCAGAGUAGGGAGGCGCAGAUUGCUAAUAUCAAUAAGCUCAAGAACAAUCCUAUCAAACCUGAUUCGAAGAAAGAUCAUCAAAAGAAAAAAGCACCUGAAGUCAUUACAAGCAGAAUCCGUGUCCAUCUUGUCAACCUUCCUAAAAAAAAGAACAUUCACCGAGAUCUUCAAGCUGCCUUUGAAGGAGUUCCUGGCAUAAUUGAUAUAUCUCCAGCUGUUUCUGGAAACAAGAAGACAAAGGACCCAAUCUGCAAGGGCUUUGCUUUUGUUGAUUUCAAGUCUGAGGAUGAUGCAAUUAGGUUUGUGCAGAGAUUCUGUGGAUAUAAUUUAGCAUUUGGUAGACGAAAUAAGCAAAUAAGAUGUGAGAUGAUGAAUGCACUUUGUCCCAACCUUGGUAAUGAACGAUCACCAGAUAAUGCCUGCAUUACAACUGAACCUGCAGUUGCUGCAUCAGAAGAGGGGUUGGAUGCUGAUUCUGAUGGUGGUAACUUUUCCUCAGGUUUCUCACUGGAAGCUGCAUUUGGUGAAUCUGAAGAUCUAGAUGAUGAAGGUGAUGUCGAAAUUAGGGAGGAAAGUGACAAGGUGGAAAUGAAAGAUAUUGAAGAAUAUAACAUGGAAAUUAGGGAUGCGAGUGACAAGGUGGAAAUAGAAGCUAUCAGACACAACCUGGAAAUGGUCAGUGCAACAAUGCCAACUAGUCACACAGACCCAACAUUGGAAUCAAGUUCCUCAAAUCAGCAAAGGAAACCCAAAACUACUAAGAAAAAGCUACCCACCAAAGGAAAACAGCAAAAAGUUCCAAAGCUAGACAUUCCAGGAUCUGCAAAGAGGUUAAAGAUCAAGGAGAAGGCUGUCUUAACAGGUGUGUUCUCCAAAUAUGGAGGAAAAACCGCUUCAAGUUGAAAAGAGAAGUCCUAAUUCGCCAAGUGGGGCAGAUUAUUUGAUACUACCAUGAUGCAAAUAUGUUGAAUUUAACUUGUAAACUGAUCAUAUAUGAAAUAAAAAUGGUCCUCAUGA